AGUUGAAUGCUUGAUAAACUGACGACGGAGGUGCUGUUUGUUGAAUCAGUGAGUUUAGCUAUCUUAAGUUCCAAAUAUCAAGAAGUGAAUCUGUUACAGUUUUGGGUUGUAUUAGAUAGCUUAUAAGAUUCAAACAAUCUGCUCGAAAAUACAAAACCAUACUUACAGCUAAGAGUCUGGUAUAUACUUUUCUAUUAUACAACGAUCCAAAUGAAUGCUAUUACUACUACUAGACAAGACAACGAGGGACCGUUUUUCCUAUUUGUGUGGUUUCAAGCAAUCAUUAAUUUCUUUCGACUAAUUUUUAACACCAGUGGACGAGAUUUAAGGGCUUUAUACCGCUAUAUUCGAUGUAAGAGAUUUUUAGCGAAAUGCGAACGAAAUAAUCUUACGGUACCAAGUUUGUUCCAAGUUAACGUUCGAAAACAUCCUUAUAAGCCUUGUUUUCUUUACGAGAACCAAGUAUGGACGUUUCAAGAUGUUGAAGAUUUAUCCAACAGAGUAGCCAACUGCUUCAUACAGCAGGGUUUUUUACCUGGUGAUGAAGUUGCUCUAUUUAUGGAGAACAAGCCUGAAUUUGUGGCUUUCUGGUUAGGUCUAUCUAAGAUUGGAAUUGUGACAGCUCUGAUCAACACAAAUCAGCGAUUACAAGCCUUGGCACACUCUAUCACUGUGGUAAAAUCAAAAGCCAUCAUAUUUGGAAGUGAGCUUCUUGAUGCUGUAAAGGAUAUAACUAACACAUUACAAGAAAAUGGAUUUAAAUAUUAUUGCUAUGGGAACUUUGAUCCAAAAAGUUUCUCUGUAAAUUCACUGGAAACCUUGUUAUCACAGAGCCUUCCUGUUUCACCAUUAAUAAAUUUCGAAGUUAAUUUCAGUGACCGACUAUUUUAUAUAUACACUUCUGGAACAACAGGAUUACCCAAAGCAGCGAUUAUAAAACAUAGCAGGUUUAUUUGGCUGGGAACCUGUACACGUUGGAUGCUGAACAUGCCAGAUAAUGAAAUAUACUACACAAGCCUGCCAUUAUAUCAUUCUGCAGCUGGCCUGAUAUUUGUCUGUCAAGCUGUAGUGCAUGGUGACACUGUUGCACUCCGUCGAAAAUUCUCUGCAUCCAAAUUCUGGGAAGACUGUAUCACAUUCAAUGCAACAGUAGCCCAGUAUAUUGGAGAAACUUGUCGAUAUUUGAUGGCUCAACCAGUUCAACCCGAAGAAAAACAGCACAGAGUUUCUACUGUUAUUGGAAAUGGACUACGUCCAGCUUUAUGGACAAGCUUUUGUGAAAGGUUUCAAAUCAAGAAAGUUGGAGAAUUUUAUGGAUCUUCAGAAGGAAAUGCAAACAUCAUAAACACGAACAGCACUACUGGAGCUGUGGGUUUCAUUUCUCGUAUUAUCCCAUCAAUUUACCCAGUAACUCUAAUAAAAGUUGACGAGGCUACUGGAGAACCUAUUAGAAACAAGGAUGGUAUAUGUGUGAAAUGUAAGCCUGGAGAACCAGGUGAGUUUGUUGGCAAGAUAAUACGUAACGACCCUGUCCGCAACUUUGACGGUUAUGUGAAUAAACAAGCAACAAUGAAAAAAGUUGCCAAGAAUGUUUUCAGCAUGGGAGAUUUAGCAUUCUUGUCGGGAGAUCUAAUGGUGAUGGAUGAAAAUGGAUAUAUCUACUUUAAGGAUAGAACAGGUGACACAUUCCGAUGGAAAGGAGAAAAUGUUUCUACAAUGGAAGUAGAAGCUGCCAUCAGCCAAGUUCUUGGACUUACAGACUGUGUAGCUUAUGGUGUUGUAAUUCCAGGUACUGAAGGAAGAGCUGGCAUGGGUGCUAUCAUUGAUAUUAAAUGUACUAUAGACUUUGAUACUUUUGCACAAAACCUGAAGAAGCUUCUUCCAUUGUAUGCUAUGCCAAUAUUUUUACGCAUUGUGAAAAACUUAGAGAGCACAGGCACAUACAAGUUCAAGAAAAUUAAUCUGCAACAUGAAGGAUAUGACUUGAAGGUGGUGAAGGAUCCUCUGUAUUACCUUAACACAAAGACUGUAAAGUACACUCCACUGGAUGAAGAUGUUUACCAAAAGAUUCUAUCACGAAAAAUGCGGUUUUAAGUAAUUAUGUUCCCAAAAAAAACAAUUAAGAUUACACCUUAAACUAUAGUGGAGAGGGUGUUGUAUGAUAUGUGAAAGUCAGUAACAUAAGUUUGUUUUAGACUUCAACACCUUUAGUUAUUAACAGCUACAUGGAAGUACUGCUGAACCAAUUUUAAUAAGUAUUGAAUUCAUUAAGUUGCAGCCUGAUGUAAUAAUAACAUAAUACCUUUCAGUUAAGGAAUAUACAAAAUAUUGUUAAUUUUAAUGAUAAGAAAACUGUUUUUCUAUUUACUUUUGUGUUAAAUGUGUAAAAUAUAAAGCAUUUAAAGGUUUAGUGAAGAUAUGUAUAUAGUGUUAUUAUAUAUGUUUUCCCAUCAUAAAACCAUUUAUCUGUUUUCAGCAUAGGAUUGGAUCAUGCUCUCAGAUUCUAAUAUUCUUGCAUAAUAUACUGUUGUUUUUAUGCUAUGUGACGUUAUAUGAUGUGAAGUGUCUUGUGUUAACUGUUACAAAGUAAAUAUAAAUUUAUUUUUAUAUUAAUUUAUACAGCUGAGUAUGCAAUUAUGUCCAUAAAUAAAUUCUUGAUCACUGUAUAUUAUAGUUUUAUCCUUGUAUCUCUUUUCUUUUAAAAACAAAUGUAUUUUAAGCAUGUUUCUCUCAAACAAAUUUGAAGCAGAUGAAAAAUGAACAAAUUUUCUUUAUUUUCAAAGUGUGCUGCAAUAAUGCCUUAAAAGUUUAGACACCAGACUCAUAUUUAUACUCCAGAAAUUAUUUCUGUAGUUUUGUUGCCUUUUUUUAGUAUGUUUUCUUAUGUUGAUUUUAUUUUAGUAAAAAAUAUGAUUAAUUUUGUUAAUUGUGGUUGCUAAAUGGACACUAUUUCAAGUUUCAAACAAAAUUUUGUAAUACAGAAAAAUAUAUUAAAUGCUAAUGAUGAACAGGAGCAUGGCAAAACUGUUUUCAGCAGAUUUACGUAGUCAUGAGGUCUAUCUUAAUCAGUAACUUUGGAAAUGAGAAUCACUAAUGUUUGGAGAAAUUUAAUAAUACACAAAAAGAUUAAUUAUGAGUGUUCAGGCUAAAACACGUAUAAAAGGGUUAUUGGUAAUAUAUUUAGCAGUCAACUAAAAAUAUUAUUAACUAACUAUUUGUGGUUCAUAUCAGUUUUGCAGUAGAAAUUAUUUUAUGUAUCAGUAUAUAUAUAUGAAUACUGUGAUAUAAUAAAAUAAACUUUAUUCCUGGAUGGUUAUUUGCUUAAACUUACAAAAAGUUGUAUGUGCAAAGAAAUAAAACUGGAACUUCCUAACAUUAAAACAUCAGAAAAAACAAGUAAUCCAAUGACUCAGUAUAGUAGGUUCAUUACAUACAAGCACAUGAUAAUACAUUUUUGAUCCAGAAUGUUACAAUCUAUGUGACCUGAUCAUUCUUAGAACUCUUGACCAGAGGAAAGACAACCAUACAGCAGCACUGACCACCUACACAACUACCCUUAAGUCAAUAGUGGUAGAGUUUUGUUUGUAAUUAAGAACAUAGUUACACAAUGGGCUAUCUAUGCUGAGCCCAUCAUGGUUAAUGAAGUAUCCAUUGGGAGAGUGGGCUAGUGAGAGCAAGUAUUACAUUUGUAAUGUCUCAACAGCUGACAGUGUGUUUAUGGGAUAUUUUCACUAGUCUUGGAACUGAAAAUAAGCAGCCAGGCAACUCUAACCACUAGAGAUACCUGGCCCAGUGGUGAAAUGUAUACUUUCAGCUAGAAGAAAAUUAAGUCACUUCACACACAUGCAUAUAAUUCACAAUCUUUAAAUGCUGGAGUUGAAGAUUUUUGUUGAUUCUAAGAGACAGUGUUAUUAGUCAUACUGAACAUUAUUUUUAUUGAGAAACAAACAGUGAUAUAUAGAAUAUUUCAUAUAAAAACAAAAAUCUGCCCAGCGGAAAUAGCACAAAACUCCUCCAGAUAUUAUUAAACUAUUAUAAUCUUUGUCCAUAAAUGCUGUUCAUUUUAGUAUUGAGUACUGACUUUUUAAACUUCCCAGUACCCUGCUUAAUAUACUUUUUGUUGUUAGGCAACAAACUAUACAAUGUGCUAUCCACACUUUGCCUACUGCAGGUACUGAAACCAAAUUUUUAGUGAUAUAAGGCCUCAGACUUACCCUUAAGCUAGUGAGGGGCAUUUUUAUCUCAGUUAUUUCUUACCGGGUAAGCUAAAUAUGUUGUAACCUUUGGUCACAUCCUAAUUUUUCUAUACCCUGUACUUUCUUUGUUCAUAGUUUUGUCACUAAUAGAUAUAGAUGUCACAAAAGGCAGUAUUGUAAUAUUUGCCCUUUACAUACUUUUGUUCUGCCUAUGAAUUGAAAUUUAUAUUGUGGGAAUGUCACUGUAUUAAUAGUAAUAGUGACAACAAAUUCACAAUUAUUUAUUUCGAUGUUGUAUCAAAUAAUGAGAAUGGUUUUAAAAGAAAGUAUGCAAGACUGAGAUACUCCUUGAUGUAUCUUAAAGCAUUAACUUGUAACUACAUGAAUGCAGAGAUGAGAUGCCAACUUUUAGAAAUCUCUUUUAACAUGUGGUAAAAUUCUAUGAGUAACAAAACAGUUUCCCUUUUUUUAGGGAGUCUGGAGGCAUAUUCUUGCAGAAAAUUUUAUAUUAAAUUAAACAGGAUGCUGAAUUUGACCUGGAUUCAGUCAUUCAAUCAACCAUAAUGUGCAGAGAAAGAUACUAAUUUGACAAAAAUAUAUUUUUUUUUAUUCAUGGUUAAUGAUCAACUUUGCUUCUUAAAGUUUUUUGUUAAUAUUACUAUCUUGGUGAACUAAAAACAAGUAAUGUUUAGAUUUUUCCCAUUCUGAACCCAAAGCUUAUACUUUUAGAAUAGUAUUAAACACAAAACUGGGAGACAUGGAUUUUUAUAGCUAAGUGGUGUCUGUGAUAAAAUGUCUAAUUGUUGCUCAUCUGUAUGUAUGCAUAUUUAAUUAUUUCACAUACAUUUCUUCUUUCCUAGCUCCCAUCACUGUUUUUUUUCCAUCAAUACUACUGCUACUACAUCAAUGUUGUUACAUUAUGCAUUUAGAAACCAACUCUGAAUAAGCUCAAAUUAGCCUACUUUAAAAUGAUAGUCUAAACCUGAAGAUGACCAAAGUAGAAGGUUAAAGUGUCAAAUUAUAUGUAUUCAGUGUAUUGAAUUAAUCAAUUAAUGAAACUGCUCAUAACUUGACAAUCCACACUGACAGAUUUACAUUGAUAAUGUUUUAAAAGUAUUAAGUGAAUAAAAGCACUAAUGCAAAAAGUUUAACUCUGCGUUAGUCUUCUGUAAAAAUUUUCCAUAGUCAUUCUUCCAGGGUUGUAGCAGACCCAAUGAUAAAAAAUUAAUUUCAAAAUAUUUAAAUAA